UUAUAAUUGUUUAAAAUAUAGUGCUAUGUUUGAACUGAAAUCUAACCUUGACAGUCAAGAUCGUAUACUGAAAAUGAGUGCAUUAGCCAGAAAAUUAGUAGACCAGCUGAAAAGCAAAGAGUUUAGAGAAUAUUUAAUGAGCACACAUUUCUGGGGUCCUGUUGCCAACUGGGGAAUACCAUUAGCCGCUAUUGCUGACACAAGGAAGGAUCCCUGUUUCAUCAGUGGCAAAAUGACUUUUGCCCUAACACUCUACUCAAUGAUGUUCAUGCGGUUCGCGUGGCGCGUGCAGCCGCGCAACCUGCUGCUCUUCGCCUGCCAUUUUACCAACACCGGCGCCCAACUCACGCAGGGCGCGCGCUUCGUUAACUACAAUUAUCUACAGAAGGACAAGGUAGAACAGGUACAGACGACGGAGAAUGUAGAACAGAAGACAGAACAGAAGACGGAACAGAAGUAGGAGAAUCUAGUACAAUUUUAAAGCUGAUGUCCUCGGGAGUCGUCGUUUUCAAUGGAAUUUUAUGUGAAGAUGAUAUUUGGUCUCGGUGUGGUACACCCAGUGACGGAUUAAGUAUUAAAUGAAGCAAUCGCCUAGGGCAUCACGUCUGAGGAUUAAGCUUCAAAGAUCGAUUCUAGUUGGCAUACGGAAAGGGUCCCACAGGCAUGGACUGCUUAGGGCGUCAAGUAGUUUUCAUCCGUCACUAGGUACACCUUACUGUUUAUGGCCGUGCAGAGUUUAAGACCGUGCUGGGCAAAACUGAAGUGAGCAAGGACGUGUGCAAUAUUAAAUUAAUAUUGUGUGAAAAAUGACGAUUUCCUAGAGACAUUAUUAAGUAGGUAUGUAGUUCAAUUGUUAGGUGUGGCCACAGCAUUGUUAGCGAAAACUAUGUAGGUUCAAAUUUUAUAUUUAGGACACUAUGUGUAUGACUUAGUCGUUUACCUAUAACGAAAUAUGGAGUUACGUAAGAAAAGGACAAAUUUCUAAAUAAUAAAUUUACAAGGCGUCUUAUAAGACGCAAAUGUUGACUUCUAAAAUAUAUUACUGCUUUGACAAAAUGUAUAUCUAAAUUCUAAGCGUACUAUUUAGUGUAAGUAUUAUGAUGAGAACCACGAGGCGAGGCAUGAAAAUCAUUUUAAUUAAUUGUUACCUUAGAUAAUAUAUUAAUUACCUAUAAGGUACAAAACGUAGAAAUAACGAAAAAGCCUUAUAAGUUACAAGUGAUGUGCUAAAACUAUUAACGCCUCCAUUGUGGGUAUCGCAGAUACAAUAGAUUUUCAAUUGCUAUGCGGCAGCCGGCUGCCGCUUGGGGAUUGAUGGGAUCUAUGUUUUGGUUAAUUGUCAUAUUUGUGGAAGUUUGGGAAGAUCCGAACAGGAUCGAAGCUAUAUUAAAAGUAGAUAAAACGAAUUGGGGUGUCGAGUAGUCUGUUAAUAUAAGCUUAAGUGAAUGUUAAAAUGUUACUGGAGCUGUGAUUCCUGUUGUCCACUGCCAAAGUGUAUUAGUAUAAUGCCCGAUACACACGUUACGAUAGAACUGUACAGGUAAACCAGUGGUCGGCAACAUUGAGACUAAAAUUAGUGAAUUAUUACAUACCUUGACGGAGUAUGAAUACAUUAAAUAUUGUAAAACUAUCGUCGUUAUAACGAACUGUCUGUAUGAUGAAUGCUCACAACAACCACGUUUUUGCCAUUGUUAAAGAACAAUAAUGACAUGAUAAUGAAAGUCAGUAGUUUUCCUUAACUCUAAUGACUAAAUAAACAGGAAUGUUUACGUCAAUUCUUGGUUUAUUCACAAUUGAAUAAACGCAAGAAACAUGAUGUUUGAGUGAUAGUGAUAUCACUUAAUAAGUAAGUAAUAAAAUUGCUAAUAAAUAUAUACCUAGCGGAAUAGA